AUGCUUGAAAUUUUAGGAGCACUCAUGCUCGGUGCCACAUUAGUCAUGCUUCAUCCCAAAGGCAACAUGGAUCUUAUGUACAUUGCCUCUAUUCUAAUUGAUAAACAAAUCAGUUUCAUGUUUGCUGUACCGACAUCGAUUAAUAGUCUGUGCGAUUUAAUCGAUGAAGUUCAAUUACCUCAUUUCUAUGCAAUGCGAUCCCUUUGUGCUGGAGGAGACAUCGUUGCUGCUAAGUUGACUAAACGAAUAAGAAGUAUUGUCACUUCAAAUUGUCUAAUAUGGAACGGCUAUGGACCAGCUGAGACAACGAUUUUUUGCACAUGUCACCGAAUAGAUUUAAUGAAGGGCAAAGGCAUCGUUCCUAUCGGCCAACCGCUUCCAAAUUAUCGAUGUUUAAUUCAUGACGAGUUUGGUCAACAAGUGAUCAUCGGCCAGCAAGGUGAACUUCUUAUAGGAGGUGUCGGUGUAUUUGCCGGCUAUCUCGGUCGUGAUGAAUUAACUGCAACAGUAUUAGUCGAAAUUGAAGAUGAAACAUACUAUAAAACAGGUGAUCUUGUGAGAAUGGAUAGCAACGGGCUGAUUUAUUACAUUGGUCGGAAAGAUGAUCAGAUAAAAUUGCACGGACAGCGCAUCGAAGCUGGCGAGAUCGAACACUGUUUGCUUGAUGCUCAUAUUGCCGCCUGUGUCGUCAUGAAAUGGGGCGAAGACCAUUUAGUGGCUUAUGUACAAGGCUCCUGUAUAAAUGAAGAAGAUUUGAGAAAACAUUGUCGCUCUCGGCUACCACCAUUCAUGAUACCUUCGAUGUUUGUCGUACUUGAUCAGCUCCCAUUGAAUACAAAUGGUAAAGUGGAUCGACAAUGUCUUCCAGCUCCAAACUGCUCUACCUUAGAUACGUUGAAAAGCAACACAGUUGAUGCUCCACAGACAGAAAUGGAAGAAAACGUUCAUGCUAUUUGGUGUGAAGUACUACAAUGUACCGGCAAAAAGAUUUCAACGAAUACCGGUUUCUUCACUAUCGGUGGUCACUCGCUCCUUUUCAUUAAGCUGUAUCAUCAUUAUCAGUCGUCGUUCAAUUUUGAUAACCACACAUUUAGUAUUGCACCAUUUCUUCAGCAAGCAACUAUCGCUGAACAUGCCAAGCUGCUUCAGAAAAUCAAUUUAGUCACUGCAAAACCGAAAGCAUGGCAGUCGCUGCACAUCAGCGAAGGUAAUAACUAUUUUACCAAAUAUUUUCAAAGUAAUGCAAAAGUUCUAAUUUUAUAG